AAUUAAGGUUUUUGGCAUCGAAUUGAUUAAAGAGUAGUCGUGUCCUGCCAUUUGUACUCAUCCCCCCACAGCGACAUCACCGGUAUCAUCAUAAUCAUAUCAUAUUUUAUUCUCCAUAUUUUGACCCAAUUGUCUCUCCCAAAUACUCAUUUACCGGCCACUUUAUAUAUAUAAGCCUCCUUUCUAGCCUAUAAUCAGCCAAUUAUCCACCGGCAGUACCGUUAUAUAGAGACUACUUUCGAUCAAUCAAAACCUUCAUCAUUGUUAUCCUUCUCCCCAAAAACAUCAACACAACAUGUCCGGGGCAUUAAGCUUGCUUGCGGAGCUCGAAAAGGACACUAAUAAAGCUGCUCCAAGUCGAAAAAAUAGUCAAUCAAAACCAAGAACAGGUAGAUCGGCAGCUAAUUCGCGAUCAUCUUCGGUCCAAUCGUAAGUUUUGAACUAUUUCUCUGCAAUCGUUUCACAUUGGUUGCUAAUUCUUUGAAGACGAGGACCAUCGCAAACGCGAAGUCCCAUAUCAGCUCCAGCACCGCCUCAAAUCCCACCUCAGAAUAUAACUCCCCGGCGAACUACACAAUCAACAAAUGUUACCCCUCGAACAUCAUUUGACCGUGGAACCGAGAGGUCAAGAUCUCAAGGUCCGGAUUCCCGAAGAGUUUCAUUCGCAGAUGCCCCACGACCACAAACCCGAACUUUAAUGAUACCUACGAAAGAAAGUGUGCUAUCAUCCGGAUUCCCGUACAACCCGAAGUUGAACAAAUAUGGUGUCACCGAGCAUGAAUGGUCACAAUUCACCAAAGAAAUAUUGGACACUCUUCCAUCGUCGAAGAGCUUUAGCUGGAGAUGGAAACGUGGGAAAAUCAUUGCGAUUAUCAAAAGAGACCUUCAAUACGAAUCCCCGUUGAAGUCAGCACUCAGACAAUGGAACAAAGGAUUCAGACGCAGAGGUUUCUCGGUGUAUUUGGAAAUCCCAGUCGAGAAGGAUUUGACCGAUGAUGAGGUUUCGGGAGACACAAAAGAGGAAAAGAAACAAGCCAAGAAGGAUGCAAAGAAAUUCCGAUUCUUGAUAGGUGCUGCGAACUCAUCCUCUUCAUCCGUAUAUUCGCGGACAAGUUUGGCGGAAAGUGUUAGUAGAGAAAGUCAUGUCAAGGCUGUAAUAAUAUCACAUGAGGAUGAGGAACAAAUAACUCAAAAGUUCCCACAAGCUGAAGUCGAGGGGACUUCGGAUGGAACGACAGAAGAUGGAAGUAAUGAGGAAGAAUCAUCGGCCGAAAAAGCUGCAGUUAUUUUGCCAUCGACAGAAACUAUAGACAAUGCACCGGAUCCAUUGCCCGUGGCAUGAAUUUUGGAUUCAUCGGAUUGUAAAAUAUGAAGCGGUACUCACGACAUUCAACGAAGAUAAAUGAAAGUGGCUUGGGGUUUAGGAUUUGAAUUCAUCGGUGCUACCGAUUUGGACAUAUUAAUGAACGGGAUUUUUAAGGCUCCACUCAAGGCAUUGGACCAACAGCAUAGCAUGUAUGGACUAGACACUGUCAUUUUUUGUGCAUUGCCUGUUCUUUUAUAGCGGGAUUUGUAUAUUAGAUGGUUAUUUUUACAAACAUCAGCGUUAUGGUUAAUGUCUUCCGUUCAUAAUGGCUCAUAGUUUUCGCUUGUUUAAUGCUCAUUGUGGUUCUUAAUAAUUGUGUAAUGGAAGCCGGGUGGAAGUUGACAGGAACGACAGUCUUUUGACACUAAACCAUGAGGUAUAUGCCCCCGUCGGCGUGCCAGUCU